CGGUGUUAGGGUAUCUCUCUUGAGCUCUCAGCUCGCCGCCGCCGCCGCCGCGCGAGGUGGGCGCUUCACUUGGCCUUCAGGAGGAGAAGGAGGGCAUGGCGCGGCUCACGGUGGAGCAGGCGAAGCGGGAGGCGGGAUCCGAAGGGACGGCCGCCACGUCGCUCGACCUCUCCCACCGCGCCCUCUCCGACGUGUCGUGCCUGAGCAGCUUCAACAAUCUGGAGCGCCUCGACCUCGGCUACAACUGCCUCGUCACCCUCGAGGGCUUGUCCACCUGUGCCAAUUUGAAGUGGCUUUCGGUUAUUGAAAACAAACUUGUGAACUUAAAAGGUGUUGAAGGCCUCUCAAAGCUGCAGGUACUGAAUGCUGGCAAGAAUAAGCUUAAAACAAUGGAUGAAGUCAAAUAUUUAUCAAGCUUGGGAGCAUUGAUUCUAAAUGAUAACAACAUUUCCUCCAUAUGCAAACUUGACCAGCUUCAUCAGUUGAACACUCUUGUUCUCUCCAAAAACCCUAUUUUCACUAUUGGGGAUGCUUUGAUGAAGGCAAAGGCUAUGAAAAAGUUAUCCUUGUCUCACUGCCAGAUAGAAAACAUUGGUUCUUCUCUCACAGCGUGUGUGGAAUUGAAGGAACUUCGGCUUGCUCACAACAAGAUCACUACAAUUCCAUCAAACUUGGCGAAAAAUGUCAAAAUUUUGAACCUUGAUUUAGGAAACAACUUAAUUGGAAGGAGGUCAGAUUUGGAGGUCCUUUCUGAACUGCACUACUUGAGGAACCUAAAUUUGCAGGGAAAUCCUAUUGCUGAGAAAGAUGGUUUAGCCAAAAAGGUUAUGAAAUUAGCUCCCAAUCUGCGCAUAUUUAACUCAAAGCCUAUGGAAGCCAGCUCCAAGAGUACGAAGAACUCUAGAGAAGAGAAUCUACCAACCAAGGAUGCUGCUAUGCCUGACGGUGGUCCUACUGACAUUUGUACAAAAAAGAAAACCAAGGGGAAACACUCGAAACAACAAAUCAAGAGCCCUGAAGAAACCGUGGGACAAAGUACUCGCCUGGAUGUCACUAUUGCCACACCAGUAAAAUCUGAACCGCUCAUUGGAGAGGGAAAAGAAAAGGUGGCUGUAGAACAUGUCAAGAACAAGAAAUCAAAGAGGAAGGACGACAACUCUUCACUUGAUGAUACUGAUAAAAAGGCUAGCAAAGGAGCCAAGAGGAUGAAAUCUGCUAACAAAGAGAAGAAUGCCGAAGGAAUUGAUGACACAGAAAUUCCAUUUGCAGACUUGGUGUUCUCUAGUGAAGGCAACAAUCCAGAUCCUGAGUUGAAGGGCAAAAUUCAGGAAAUUGCCCCGGAUGGAAAAUUUGGUGGCCUGGUAAUCGAUCACACCAAGAAGAAGAAAGGCAAAGGCAUGGUCGUCGGCUCCGCUGCUCUUGAGCAGCUAUCCUCUGCGCCGGAGGUGGGAGCAGGUGCACUGUCAGGAUGGGAUUAGUUGUAGACUUGCAGUGAGCUGCGACCCUGAUCACCGGCAAAUUGGCGAUUAGUGGUCAAUGGAACGUUGGAACUCCUUUGUUUUAGCUUUGCUUGCAAGCAGUGGUUUUGCAUGCACUAUCUGCUUGCUUGAUCACUUCAAAUGUGUAACUGACUUGUUGAUACAGCAGUUUGGAAAUUUUGUGAACGUUCAGAUGAUUGGGAA